CUGGGGGUCAGAGAGAAGGGAGAGGCCUCCUUCUGAGGGGCGGCUUGAUACCGGUGGAGGGAAGCGGGCCGAGGUUCUGUGAGGAGUCAAGGAAAGCCCCAGGUGCCCAGAUGUAAGGCCAGUGACUUGGGCACUGGGGGUCACAGAGUAGCGGGGGCCUCGCUGUGAGGGGUGAGUCGAUAUCGGCGGAGGGAAGCGGGCCCAGGCUCUGUGAGGAGGCAAGGGAUGUGAGCUCUUGAUCUGAGAGACUCUCAGGCAAGUAGAGGAGUGGAGUCCAGUCCCUGCCAGGAGAAAGGAGCUCCAGGAAGCAGGCAAGCCUUGGUCUGAGACGGUGUCCUCAGGUCACAGAGCAGAGGAGACCCAGGCAGUGUCAGCAGUGAAGAUUCUCAGGGGACAGGCUGACCAGGAGGACAGGAGCCCCAAGAGGCCCCAGAGCAGCACUGAAGAAGACCUGCCUGUGGGUCUCCAUCGCCCAGCUCCUGCCCACGCUCCUGACUGCUGCCCUGACCAGAGGCAUCAUGUCUCUUGAGCAGAGGAGUCCGCACUGCAAGCCUGAUGAAGACCUUGAAGCCCAAGGAGAGGACUUGGGCCUGAUGGGUGCACAGGAUCCCACAGGCGAGGAGCAGGAGACUACCUCCUCCUCUGACAACAAGGAGGAGGAGGUGUCUGCUGCUGGGUCAUCAAGUCCUCCCCAGAGUCCUCAGGGAGGCGCUUCCUCCUCCACUUCCAUCUACUACACUUUAUGGAGCCAAUUCGAUGAGGGCUCCAGCAGUCAAGAAGAGGAAGGGCCAAGCACCUCAGUCGACCCAGCUCACCUGGAGUUCAUGUUCCAAGAAGCACUGAAAUUGAAGGUGGCUGAGUUGGUUCGUUUCCUGCUCCACAAAUACCGAGUCAAGGAGCCGGUCACAAAGGCAGAAAUGCUGGAGAGUGUCAUCAAAAAUUACAAGCACUACUUUCCUGUGAUCUUCGGCAAAGCCUCCGAGUUCCUGCAGCUGAUCUUUGGCACUGAUGUGAAGGAGGUGGACCCCGCCGGCCACUCCUACAUCCUUGUCACUGCUCUUGGCCUCUCGUGCGAUAGCAUGCUGGGUGAUGGUCAUAGCAUGCCCAAGGCCGCCCUCCUGAUCAUUAUCCUGGGUGUGAUCUUAACCAAAGAUAACUGCGCCCCUGAAGAGGUUAUCUGGGAAGCGUUGAGUGUGAUGGGGGUGUAUGUUGGGACGGAGCACAUAUUCUAUGGGGAGCCCAGGAAGCUGCUCACCCAAGAUUGGGUGCAGGAAAACUACCUGGAGUACCGGCAGGUGCCCGGCAGUGAUCCUGCGCACUACGAGUUCCUGUGGGGUUCAAAGGCCCACGCUGAAACCAGCUAUGAGAAUGUCAUAAAUUAUUUGGUCAUGGUCAAUGCAAGAGAGCCCAUUUGCUACCCAUCCCUUUAUGAAGAGGUUUUGGGAGAGGAGCAAGAGGGAGUCUGAGCACCAGCCGCAGCCAGGGCCAAUGUUUGUGGGGUCAGGGCCCCAUCCAGCAGCUGCCCUGCCCCAUGUGACAUGAGGCCCAUUCUUCACUCUGUGUUUGAAGAGAGCAAUCAGUGUUCUCAGUGGCAGUGGGUGGAAGUGAGCACACUGUAUGUCACCUCUGGGUUCCUUGUCUAUUGGGUGAUUUGGAGGUUUAUCCUUGCUCCCUUUUGGAAUUGUUCAAAUGCUCUUUUAAUGGUCAGUUUAAUGAACUUCACCAUCGAAGUUAAUGAAUGACAGUAGUCACACAUAUUGCUGUUUAUGUUAUUUAGGAGUAAGAUUCUUGCUUUUGAUUCACAUGGGGAAAUCCCUGUUAUUUUGUGAAUUGGGACAAGAUAACAUAGCAGAGGAAUUAAUAAUUUUUUUUGAAACUUGAACUUAGCAGCAAAAUAGAGCUCAUAAAGAAAUAGUGAAAUGAAAAUGUAGUUAAUUCUUGCCUUAUACCUCUUUCUCUCCCCUGUAAAAUUAAAAUAUAUACAUGUAUACCUGGAUUUGCUUGGCUUCUUUGAGAAUGUAAGAGAAAUAAAAAUUGAAAGAAUAA